AUGACUUUUUUUUGCUAUUUCAUUGUUUUGCUAAUCUUCUCAAUAAUCGCAUGACUAAAUAUUGAAAUUUUCAUCAGGAAAUUGCAUAUUUUCUUAGUUUUUAUUAAAUUUUUUAUUAUCAAUCCUGCAGCAGUCAUUUUAGCAGAAUUAAUUUCGUGCAAUGAAAUAAGACAUGGAGAAAGACACGAACUAAGUGCAAAAACAAUUACUAUCUUUAUAAGGCUGCUUUAUUGAUAA